UGUUAGUUUCGUGGCUCUCGAGGGGAGGAUGAGAGCUAGUAUACUACUCCCUAGUUGGGAAGUUGUUACGGAGGGAGUUAAAAACCAGAUUUGGGAGGCCAUCCAGCUCACUUUUGACGUCCCUAAUACUCAUGAACUGAGAAGAAGAUGGAUAUCAUAUGCUGGUAAUAGGUGGACGGGAUUCAAGACAUUUUUGACAUCAUCUUACAUAUUUGGCGAUCGAUCUGGGGAAAACCCCACAGAAAAGUAUCAAUGGAUAAGUGCUGAGACUUGGCAAGAGUUUGUACGAAGUAGAAAAGACCCAACUUUUCUGGAGCGCAGGAAAAAGGCACAGGAAAUCCAAGCUCAUAAUGAUUGUCCUCACAUAUUGUCCCGAGGUGGAUAUGACCUGUUAGAAAAAAAACUUAUGGCUGAGAAAUUAAAAGAAUAUGAAGAAGCUUCUCAGGCUAAUCCUUCAUUGGGGCUGAAAGCUCCUUCUCCCAUACCCCGUCAUGUGAAAUGGAAGCAAGGCCGAAUCAGA